AUGGCAACUCCACCGGAUGGCAACCUACAGCUGGAGGUCCUGGAGAUGAACGAGGCUUUCGAAGAUAUCAAUGGGAGCUUUGGUUUUGCUGGCACGUGUGUCGUGUAUCGAACGAACGAUCAAUUAUAUCACGGAAUGCUGAAAGCUCGUUACUGUCCUUCCACAAUUGUCAACCUAGCGGACCUUACAAAUGUCAGCCUAAUACCCAUCUCAGCGUACAGUCCUCUAUAUGAAACGGACUUGACACGAGCACAUGACCCACUGCCAAAAGACACACAUAUGAAACGACCUCGGGUUAGCUACGAUUGGAUUUCCAAAAGCCCUCAACGGAACGCAAUUGCCGAGUCCAUCCUGGCUGAAGCAAAAGUGUGCGAACUGUUAAUGCAACAUCCACAUCCCAAUAUCGCCAUCUACCAUGGUUGCCAGGUAUCCGGCGACAGAAUUACGGGCCUUUGCUUUACAAAAUACUCUCACACGUCGAUGAAAGAGGUGAAUCCCGGCGCUUUGAUGAAGAGACAGGCGAGAAGCGCACGGAAAACGAGUAAAGGCUACAGCACUGUUUUGGCUGGUGUUGAGAGUGGUAUAAGAUAUCUUCAUUCUUUGGGGCUAGUUCAUAAUGAUAUCAAUCCUAGUAACAUUAUGUUUGAUGGUGAUGGACUAGUGAUUAUCGAUUUCGGCUCUUGUCAGUCUAUUGGAGAGACUAUGAAGGGAUUCGGACGGACUUAUGAAUGGUGGGAUGAGACAGUAAAGCUAUCUCUUCCUGAGAAUGACCUUAACGCCUUGGAAGAGAUUCGGAUUUGGCUUGGAGAUGACUCGCGGGAUUUUCAGUUUGGCGUUUAA